CAUAACCAUCCAAAACAUAAAAGAGUUUAAAGGUAUUAAAACUAACUGCUAAGGUUUAUGUAGAUUUUAUAAAGAAUGAAAAAAAUCGUUUUUUUAAACAAAUAUGACGAAUUGGAUUCAGAGAUUGAGGCAAAGCAUAGCGAAGCAGCAGAAGAAUCAUCCGAAAACAUUUACAAACUUAUUGAAACUGAAAGUUUAAAUAGUUCAAGAUCAGCUCACUCAAAAAGUAAUAACCCUUUCCAAAUUCAAGAUUCAAAGAAUCUUGAAGAAAAUUUUGUUUCUUUAGGUUCAACUGAUUUUGAUAAGUUUGUGGAAAAUGUUUCUUUAAAAAAAAAUAUUCGAAAGCCUUCUGUACCUAGACAAGCGUCUUUUCUAAAUAGCAAACAUUUUGCAAUGAAAAGAAAACCUCGUGUAUUUGGACAAAAUUUCAAGCAAUUUAAGAAUUACGUUAUUAAUUCUACUCAUCUCUUAAAUCUAAAACAGGAAGAAAGAAACGAUUUAACAACUAAAUUAAACCUUGCUAAAAAUAAUGUAGGUGGAGCUAUUGACAGCAUGUUUCAGCAAAGUUCCAAUGCAGCUUUAAAAAACAUUUUUAAAGAAAUGACAAAUGAACUUAUUGACGAUAACGAACAAAGAGAUUCUCGCUCUGAAAAAUUAAAAAUGCUAGAAUUACAAAACAUUUUUAAAGUAGCUAUGCAUCAACGUAACGAAUUUCAAAAAGAAGUUUUUGAAAUGUACAAAACUAUAUCUACACUAGAAAUCAACAAACGUGCAAACGAUUGUAAACAAAAUGAAUUGGUUUACGAAUUGAAAAUAGCUAAUCAAAAAGUAUCCGAUGCAGAAAAACAUACUGCAGUUGCAAUAAGUAGAGUACAAGAGUUGGAAAGUCGACUUGAAAAAGCUGAACGCAAAAUAACUAAGUACGGUACCAAGUUAAGUCAUUCUCGAGACGAAGUAGCUACUCUUCAAGGUAAAAUUCAAGAGUUGCAGAAAAUGAAUAAUGAAGAAAGCGAUAUGAAACUGCAGCUUUUAUCAAAGGUAAAUCAAGCGGAGAAUAGUGAACGUUCAAGAAGAGAAGAGCUUUUGGCAAUGUGUGAAAAAAAUGUUGAAAAUGAGAAAAUUAUCAUUGAGUUACAAACGCGUUUAACAACAUUAAGUGACGAUAAUUCGAACUAUCAAAGCCAAAUUUUUAAAUUGGAAACGAUAAAUGAUAAAUUAAAAGAAGAAAAUCAAUCGCUAAAUUUAAGUUAUGAAGAAGCAAGAAAUUCUCUUGAUUACUUCAAAAAUCUAACUGAAGUACAACGUGAAAAAUCAAAACUAAUGAUUGGAUCAACAAUAGCAUUAGAAGCCGAGGUCCAAGAAAUGCAUGUUGAACUUUCAAAACAUAAGAUAGAAAAAGAAAAACUAUCAGUAGAAAUUAACAAUUUGUUAAAAAGUUUAAGUCAAUGCAGAAAUUUGAUGAAGAGCUAUAAGGAAUACGGUGAAAAAAUGAAAAUCGAAAAACGUUUUGCUGAAGAAAAAAUUCUUUAUUUUGAUAAUUUUAAGAAAGUAAUUGAAAAUAAAAAAAACCUAUACAACAAAGAAAACUCUGAGCUAAAUAACGAAAAGAAUAAAACUGAACAACAAAUCUCAAUUGAAAACAGCAAAUCUGACGUUGCUCAAAAGGAAUUUUUUAAGGAAGAUAAUGACACUUUGUCUAACGUAAGUUUUAUUUCAAAUGCAAGUCACGAAAAAUCAGCAUUAACGGAAAUGAAAGAUUUUACUUUUAAAGGCGACUAUACAUUUUCACCUUUUUUAAAAAAAGAUGUUAAAAAGAAUCAAGUAUCAAGUUUUAGCGACUUAAUGAAAGACAAUGGUAUUGCUAAUGCUUUGCUUUAACAUCGAGAAGUGUUGUCAGCUGACAUUACUGUCAUCUUAAAUGUUACUUAUAGUUAUUCCUUGCAUUAUUACAAAUAACAUUUCAUAUUAUUAUGUAAAAAAAAAAUUUUUUUUAAUUAAAGUUUCUAAUUUUAGAGCUAAAUAUAUUACAAAACCUUUAUGCACUUAAUUUACAAAACGGUGUUGUUUGUUAAAUUCUGCAUUUAUAUCUAUGCACUAUGAUUGGAUUAAGUUUUAGAAUCAUCCGUCAUAAGAAUCAUGCAUACAUGACUUAUAUGAUUAUAAAUGUUAUCAUUUCAAUAAGUUUCAAGAG